AUGGUUCCAAUCAGCUGGUUUCACUUGUCUCUCUUUUUCUCUCUAUUGGCAAUAAGCUACAACCCAGUUCUUGCUCGUCAGCCCACACAACAGCUAACAUCGAUACAAAGUAAGACUGAUGGGCUGUGCUUCAGGUUUACAGUUCACGUCAUUAAUGGUCUGAGCAGCAAUGCUAAUCCACUGCUUCUUCAAUGUAGAUCACUGGAUGAUGAUCUUGGGAAUCAUACACUCAAUGUGGGAGGUGACUUUCAUUUCAGCUUUAAGUUGAAAGUAUUUGGAGGAAAAACAAUAUUCACCUGUGAUUUAGAAUGGGGGGCAAAGCAUCAACACGCGAUUGUUUUUAGGGAUUCUAUCGAGGCCUCGGAGUGCUGUGUUGGUGAUGAUAAUUGCUAUUGGCGAGCACAAGAUGAUGGCAUCUAUUUUACUGUUGAUGGCCAAGACAAAUGGGACAAGAUAUAUGACUGGCUUCAAUAG